AUGUCUGAGAAUCAUAACAUCAAGUACAAUCCUCUUUUUGCGUCGCAAAGUUCGAUUGAUUCGUUUGAGUCGGAAAUUGACGAUCAAGAUGAGUUCUGGGACUUUGAUGAAAAACUUGGGCUUGGAGUCGAGUGCCGCCGAAAACGCAGAAAUGAAGCGCAAAAGCGAUGCACUUACUGUACCAAAAUCGUCCCGCAAAUCACAGAAUUCAUUUCUCAGACGGGCGAGAAUCACGUGAUCAGACAAAGCCUCUUCUGUGACUCAAAGAAUGUGAUCUACUUGGCCACGUGCAAGAAAUGCAAUUUGAGCUCUGUCGGAUCUUCAAUCAACUUCAAAAAUCGCCUUCAAAGCUAUAAAAGAAAUAUUCUUGAGCGAAUCGGGGACACUGCCUUUGAAACUCACAUGCGUAAAAUUCACUCGAGGGUAAAAGAUCCGCUAUCGAUUGUGGAAAUUGUGCCGAUAAGAAAAUACGACCCGCGAACGCAUAAUGCUUCGCAUUUGAGGGCACAUGAGACACUCUGGAUGAAUAGGUUAAAUACUCUUGAAAAAGGAUUGAACAAAAGAGAGGAGAAAUCAAUUUGCUCAUGUGUUGAUUAUGAACGCGAGGAAUCCCUUAUUUUGAAUCAUUUGGCAAAGUCAGUGCAUGAUACUCAAAAAGAACCAAGAAGAAGUCCAAGGAAUAAAAAAUCUGUGAAUUAUAAAUAA